AUGGAAAUGGAAAACGUUGUGAAAUCAUGUCCCCAAAACGCCACAGAGGUCUUGGAAUCCUCCACCAGACUGGGCUGUGGUGUAGACAAGUAUGGGAACGAUCAGUAUAUCUGUGUUUCUAACAGAAACAAAACAGGACUAGUAGAACUAUGUUACAACGGUGUCAUGGAAUUGAUACAAAGAGGUAACUGUUUGGAAACUGACGGAGAAAACCUUUAUUACGUCGAUUGUCUUGGAUUUUCAUCAGGUUGUCCUGAGGAAGAUUAUCCAAGCAAUACAAUAUACCAGUAUCCCGCUUGUCAAAGCAUCAAUACUGAACAAAAAUGCUAUCUCGCUGAAUUCUCAUGCCCGAACACCACAAAUGGUGUAACUACCGGAGAUACUACAGAAACAUAUAAACUAGGCUUAUCAACCAUCCUUAGUGGCUACAACUCAACAAUAAAUAUUCUUGAAACCACCCUCCCGCACGAGGAUCACAACGCUACAGGGAUUAUUGUUGGAAGCCUUGCUACUGUUGUGUUUAUAACUAUUUUGGUACUGACUGCUGUUCUUUGGAAAUGGAAAAGAAAACAGAAAGACAAAGAACACGUACCUUGUUCAGGUAUUUUUCUGAGAUUUUGCAGUUAUUACAUGUUACUUUGUGAUAUUUUAAACUAACAACAAAUUUUAAAGCUUAAAUAUCUAAUGUUUUUUUUUAAAGAUAACAUUUAUUAUAAAUAUAAAAUGAACUUAUUAGACAUUAUG